AUGUCUCAAAAAAUAGAAGAAAUAAAGUAUUGUCCAGCGGGUCAUUCUUUUGAGGAUUUCUCUUCUUAUUACCGAAAUUUUAUUAGCUUUGAUGAAGGACUAUGUUCUUUGUAUUGGGAAUAUGUUUUAAUUGGCUACAAAGUUGCUUUAAAAGAAAUAAAAGAUUCUAGAUAUGAUAUAGUUGAAUUUCUUAAAGUGGUAAAGGCGGUUAGUCAUCUUCCCGUAUUUGUCGAAUAUCAUGGAAUUUCAAAAAAUCCUCUUACACGAAACUAUAUUUUAGUAAUGAAUUUAUUUGAUGAUGAUUUACAUAAUUUUUUAACCGUAAAUUUUUGGGACUUAAGUUGGGAAACAAAAAUAUACUUUUUAUUAUUAAUAGCAUCGGAUCUUAGAAACCUACAUGCAACAAAUUUUGUUCAUUGUAAUCUUCAUAGUGGAAAUAUUUUAAUUUUUACCAACUACGGAAGAAUUAGUCCAUCAAGCAAGUUACAUCCUCAAUCAUGUUAUAUCAGCCUAUCUAUUCACACUCUUCAUGAAUUGCAUGAUUUAUUGGAAGAAAUAAAAUCCGGAAAAUCUUCAGAUCCUAAUUUAUUAUUAAAGUUAAAGUCCAAUGAAUCAACUGCUUCAAAUGUCAAUACUCAUUAUAUUGAUGAGGAGACAGAAAUUCAAGGCAAGCAGCUCUAA